AUGACAUCAACAAGCCCCUCCAAAGCCAUUAUCAAGAAUGCUGACAUGUCGGAGGAGAUGCAACAACGAGCUAUCGACUGUGCCAAAGAUGCUAUGAAUCAAUUCACCAUUGAAAAGGACAUAGCUGCAUACCUUAAAAAGGAGUUCGACAAACUCUACAGCCCCACUUGGCACUGCAUUGUGGGUCGUAAUUUUGGCAGAGAUUCACGUGAGUGGAAUGCAGGCGAUGGUAACUUCACUCCACUCCACCGUGCUCACACGCACACUCUCUUAGCCUCACAUAUACAACCACUAGGCAGGUAUCGGGAGAGGGAGACAGGCGAAAGCAUGAACGGCUUAGACAAUUUACUUAACGACAAUGGAGGAAAGGGUGACAAAGGCAUCCAGGUGGUCGUUCGAUCUACUGAUAUGAAUGACGCACAGCAAACAGAAGCCGCGAAUAUCAUCGCGGAGGCGCUUACUAUUCAUUACAAAGAAACGCAGGUGGCCAAAAUGGUCAAAACGCACUUUGAUGAAAAAUAUGGACGAGCAUGGCAAUGUAUUGUAGGAAAACAUUUUGCAAGGUAUGUCUCUACCAGUUAA